ACACGCCGACCCAGGCCGCCCGACGAUUGGUCUGUGCGCACGUCGGUCUGCGUCUGCAGGGGGUGGGAGUAGGCAAAUCUAGCCAGUGCUGGAGUUUCUCACACAGAUGCUGCCGCUGGGUCAGUGUUAUGCCGUCUAUUAAUAAUAACAACAGCCCCAGCGAGGAGAAGGAGAACAACGGGGGGAAAUCCACAUCACCAUUUCUCCCUUUUUUCCCCUCCAGUUUGCAGGGAUGAACCAAACUAUGUGACAUCGGAUAAGCCCGCUUCAACUACCGACAGGAAGAAAAAAAAAACUGCUUCUCAUCCACCUUUUUAUCGGUCUUUUUUUUAAAAUUUUAAUAUAAUUUUUACAGGUGCCAUUGUCUCGUUCACACAGUCGCUGGCUCUGCUCGGGGCACUUUAUUGCGGUCAUCCAUCUGCAGCUUGUUGGUAAACACGAAUCGGACCCUGCCGGCAAGGACUCCCUCUGGUGCAUUGAUGCACCCAUUUCAGUGGUGUAACGGGUGCUUCUGUGGUCUGGGACUGGUUUACUCCAACAAGUCGUGCACCAUGCCGCCCAUCACCUUCCAGGACCUGCCUCUCAACAUCUACAUGGUCAUCUUUGGGACUGGCAUCUUUGUCUUCAUCCUGAGUCUCAUCUUCUGCUGUUACUUCAUCAGCAAACUACGGCACCAAGCCCAGAGUGAGCGGUUUGGAUACAGAGAGGUGGUUUUAAAAGGAGAUCCCAAAAAGUUGAAUCUUCAUGGGCAAACGUGCGCCGUGUGUCUGGAGGACUUCAAAGUGAAAGACGAGCUGGGAGUGUUGCCAUGCCAACAUGCUUUCCACAGGAAGUGUCUGGUAAAGUGGCUGGAGGUGCGCUGCGUCUGCCCCAUGUGCAACAAACCCAUAGCCGGCCCCCCGGAGCAGCACCACAGCAUAGGGACUCUUCUGGAUGAACUGGUGUAACUUCUCCAACACUGCCAGCCCGGGUGGGCCCCCGCCGCCCAGGCCAAACCAGCUGAUAUAAGGUAGCGACCAACAGGAAGAGAGACAUUGUUUUGCCGUGGGAAACACAGCAAAAGCACCAACAUGACGAUAGUAAGUUGGGGUAACCUAGUUACUACCCGCAGACAGACUCUGAAGGAUGCUGUUGCCUAGCAACCGUCUCCGAAGAUGGCAACACGACACCUUGUGGUGUCUGAGAGAUUAUCUCCAGCCACCCACACAUCACUCCGCCACUCUUCAACAUCCUCGCUCGGUCCCAUCUUUCUCUCGUUGCCUCGAGUCGGGUUAAUGGCACCACCAAAGAAGGGUUUUCAUUUUUCACAACGCCGUGGACAAGCGAGUGGUGAAGGAGGACAGCGCCGGGUAAGAGGCACUGAUCCCCUCCAAGCAUGUACGAGUGUUAUUUUUCACUGAUAUGAAAUAAUAUCGGCUGAUGCCAUUAGAGCUAAAUUCUUUCAGACAAGACGUUUUGAGACAAAGCCACAAACAAAGAUAUGUCAACAUCCCCGACUGAGCACGAGAACACUUUGACAGUUGAAACUUUUUAAGAUUUGUGCUGAAGAUAAAUUGGAAGUCACACUGGUUACAAAACAUGAUGGAAAACAUGGAUUCAGGCAUCAUCAGUGGGACUUAAAUUAUUCAUAUAAGAAGCAGCUCAAGCUGUUGUCCACGUUUAGCAAAUGUCAAACAAUUGAAUUUGUGCUUAUAUGUGCUACUGAUACUGACACGUCCUGCCUUUCACUGUAACUGUUUGAUUCUUUCUUGAAAUAUGUUGAUUUUCUUUUCUUUUCUAAAAUUGCACUUUAAAUUCACAAACAAAACAACAACAAAAAAUAGCCAUUGUUCUUCUAACAUAUUAAGUGUAAGGUUUGACUGCAGUUUCCAGGUGUGGCAAAUCUUUUAUCAAAGUCUGUGAAGUAUCCGAGAUGCUGCUUCAUCUGAAGAGAAGGGAGGGCAGCAGUCCCUCGGUGUUGUGAAUUCAUCUGGGAGCUUUUCAUACAUUUCUGUGGCAUUAUUGCUGAGAUUCAGUUUUUUUUACAUUCCUCUGUUGUAGUUCUUCAUUUUUGUUUGUGAUUUACAGCUGUUCAGAAAGCGAAACCACUGCCUACAAUUGAGCACAAAAACUCACAAAGCACAUUGUCCAGACACUGACGGCACCUUAACUGUAAUUAAAAGCCAAACACGCACGCGAGUGCUGUUGAAUUCACAUGCCAAGAAAAGAAAGUGUCUAAGAGGUUUGUUCACUCUCAUUCUGGCCACAUUCCACAUUUUGUAACCGAAACAGAUGUAAAUAACUCGAAACAAUAAUAAAUACAGUUGUGUGUUUUGUUCAGCUUCUCUUGUUUAUCUCUUGGUACUCAUGUAUCUGGCGCCACCAUCAGGUGAAGUACUGCAUGAACAUGUAUUAAAUUAUUCUGAUCACUGGCUCUC